AUGCCACUCUUUUCCCACCGCCUCUCCACCGCAUCCUCUUCCUCCGCAUCUGCAACUCCUUCCUACUACAGCAAACCCUCAAAGAGCCAUAAACCCAACUCAUCUUCUUCUCCUGCUUCGUCUCGCAUUCAUCUCGUCAUCAUAUUCUUCUCCCUCGUCUCUGUUUUCAUCGGAGUUGCCGGAACUAUCUUUGCAAUCACUUCCUCCGGAGGACCUACUUCCGUUUAUCGAUGCGGCGGAUCUAAAGACACUUCCCGAGUGUCUGGUUCUAGAAAGCUCGGAGGAGACGGUGGUAACGGCGGCGUAUUGCCCGAAAGACGAAAGCUUUUAGGGUUCGUCGGGAUCCAAACUAGUUUCGAUUCCACUGAUCGUCGUGCCGCUUUGAGAAGCACUUGGUUUCCUUCUGAUCCUGAUGCUCUUCUAAGGUUGGAACAAGCGACUGGAUUAGCUUUUAGAUUUGUCACUGGAAGAUCAAAAGAUGCAGAGAAGAUGUCUGAGCUUGAGAAGGAGAUUGAAAAAUACAGAGAUUUUGUGCUUCUUGAUGUUAAGGAAGAAUAUCUACGACUUCCGUAUAAAACGUACGAGAAACAGGGUAAUUUGAUUGGGAAUGAAUAUUUCUUACAUGCUUAUGGACCGAUAUACGUUCUUUCAACCGAGAUAGUGGCUUCACUUGCAGCAGCUCGUGAUGGCAGCCUGAGGAUGUUUAACAAUGAAGAUGUAAGCAUCGGAUCUUGGAUGCUUGCAAUGAAUGUAUAUCACGAGGACAACCGUGCUUUAUGCGAUCCUCGUUGUUCCCAAAAGUCCAUAGCAGUCUGGGACAUUCCCAAAUGCUCAGGGCUUUGUAACCCGGAGGUUCGGUUAAUGGAGCUUCAUAAGAUGGAAAUGUGUUCCAAGAGUCCGACAUUGCCUUCCGAUGACAUUGAUCAGUAG